AUGGCUUCCAACGUAACACCUGAGGUUCUCUGGGCUCAGCGCUCUUCUGCCACCGACCCCGAGAGCAACUUCAUUUACCUCACCAUUGGCGUUCCCGACGUCCCUACUUCCAACCUCAAGCUCGACCUCAAGCCCACUGGUCUCGUCUUCACUGGCCACUCCGACACCCUCAAGAGGACCUACCACGUCGAGCUCGAGUUCUACGCCGAGAUCGACCCUUCUGCGAGCAAGGUCAACCACACUGCCCGCGAUGUUGAGAUGAAGCUUCGCAAGAAGGAGCUCGAUGCCUCCUACUGGCCCCGUCUCCUCAAGGAGUCUAAGAAGGUCCACUUCCUCAAGACCGACUUCGACAAGUGGGUUGAUGAGGAUGAGCAGCACGAGGCCGCUGAGGACGACUUCAGCAACUUUGGCGGUAUGGGAGGUAUGCCAGGCAUGGGUGGCAUGGGCGGCAUGGACGGUGGUAUCGGAGGUAUGGGCGGCAUGGGCGGUGACUUCGGCGGCAUCGACUUCUCCAAGCUCGGCGGCGGUGGGAUGCCCGGCGGUGACGACGAUGACGAGGAUUCCGACGAUGACAUGCCUCCUCUCGAGGGCGAGAAUGAGGCUGACAAGGCCGAGGGGGCCAAGGAGGCCAAGGAGGCUGUUGACACAUCAAAGGAGACUGCGUGA